CCCAUAACACCAUUUCAAUUCUUAUCUCUUAGCCUCACACAAACUCAUAAACAGAAUAUGCGGCAGAGAGGCCUGAUUCUAGCUGCAUUCAUCUCUCUUGUUCUCUUUCUCCUCUUUAUUUUCAUAUCAUUCAAUGCCCACCUCCUCAAAUCCCCUCUUCUACUUUCCAUUGCACCACAAGAACCAUCUUCUGCGCUACCCCAAUUCAGCCUCUUGAUCGGAAUCCUCACCCGCGCCGAUAAGUACGAUCGCCGACAUUUCCUCCGCCUAGUCUAUGGAAUCCAGUCCUCACCUGUGGCUCACAUCGACGUCAAGUUCAUUUUUUGCAACCUCACCAAGCCCGAGCAAAGGGUGCUGGUGGCGCUCGAAAUCCUAAGGUUUGAGGACGUCAUCAUCCUCAACUGCAUGGAGAACAUGAACAGCGGCAAGACCUACACCUACUUCUCAUCCCUCCCGCAGAUUCUCCGGCGUCAGUAUGACUACGUGAUGAAGGCGGACGACGAUGUUUUCAUAAGGCUUGCACCCCUGGCAUUGUCCCUGCAGCCACUGCCGAGGUUGGAUUUGUAUUACGGGUUUGUGAUUCCAUGCGCCAGCACCAACCCUUUUGUGGAGUACAUGUCAGGAAUGGGGUUUGUGCUGUCAUGGGACCUGGUGGAAUGGAUUGGAGAGUCUGAUAUACCUGGAAACGACACAUUUGGGCCGGAGGAUAAGCUGGUUGGGAAGUGGUUGAAUAUGGGGAACAAGGCUAAAAACCGCUUCUCCAAUAAGCCUGCAAUGUAUGAUUAUCCGGGCACUAAUGGGAGGUGCUCCCAUGAGCUUAUACCAGAAACUGUGGCGGUUCACAGGCUCAAGAGAUGGGACCAAUGGUCUAAUGUUCUUCAUUUCUUCAAUGUAACCCACCAACUCAAACACUACCCAGAAUUUAGAAAUAUUUUGUGAUUCACUCUGAUUAUAGUUUUUUGUAUACCAAUGGAAGCUUUAAAGUGAUGCAGGCGACAAUGUCAUUUUAAAACCAGAAAAAGAGAGUGAUCAAGAUUAUGGUAAUAUUAAAAAAAUAAGAU